AUGCCCGCUCAUGAACGCUCCCUGCCGCCGCUGCUGCUCCUCCUGCCGUCGCUGCUCCUCAUCUGCUGCCUGGAUGAGGCGGCGAGGGCGGCGGAGGAGGGCGGCGGCCUGCCCUCCUCUUCGCCCGGGGACAAUGGAGACCACGCCGCGGUCAUAGACCCGACCUCCCCGGGAGCCACCCGCGGCCCCUCGGCCCCCUCGGCCCGGACAGAAGAGCCCCGGUUUGCCCUCAGAGUGCUGGUGAGGGAUGUGGUGACCCGUCAGCCGCUGCCGGGGGCCUCGGUGGACGUUUACCUGAACCACACGCUGAGGAGCUCCGUGGCGACGGGGCCGAGAGGCGAGGUUCUGCUCUGGGUGUCCUACAGCCCGGGCCUCAGUCUGACCCUGCUGGGCAACAAGGAAGGCUACGUACCCAGCUCGCUGCCAUGGAGCACCACAAAGAGACCCAUUUUCUCUGCGGUGACGCUGCUGCUGCUGCCGCACAGUCAGGGCAACGUGUGGCUGUUUGACGACUCGGUGCUCAUCACCAGGAAGUUACCUGACAGUUCAUCCCAGCCGAAGGUUAAAUUCUCCAAGAACCUUCUCACCGUCUCCAAUAAGAGCAACAUCUCCACAGUGAAGGCCUACCUGACUGUGCCACAGCACCAUCUAGCGAAAGGAUGUGGCAACUGCACUCCUGGCAUCAUCAGCAACAAAUCAGUGUUCAGGAGCAUUGAGCUGAAGGCGGUGGCGGCCGUCAGUGUUCUGCUGUACUCGGGGGACGAGGAGCUCCAGGUUCGAGGUCCCAUUCAAAUCAGCCUCCCCCUGGGGCACAGCACCCACCUGCGGGCGUCGGACACUGUGCCGGCCUGGGCCUUCAACCUGAAGACGGGUGCUUGGGAGAAUCAGGGUCUUGGAAUAGUGAGAAAAGUUGGUUUGGAACUGGUUUGGACGUACACCGCUUCCCAUUUGGGAUUCUGGAUCGCUGCCCCCCUGCCCUCCUCAAACGAUUUUGGAAGCACGUUGGAGUUCCUUUCACACCACACCUACCUGCUGAUUGGAAUACUGGGAGGAACGCUGGCUGUCGUAAUCGGGUGUCUGUCCUUGCUGCUGUGUCACUGCGGAGGUUCGCAGCGGGAACCCAGGAGGAGGAGGGCUCGCUUCUCCAAACUCACGGUUGUGAAGAAAGACCAGACCACCUCCACCCACAUGGAGGAGGGUUUGUUGUUCCGCUCCGGCGACAACAGCCUCGCGUCGUGCAGCGUCCAGUGUGAACCUUCGUCCACGCCGCGGCACAAGGCCAACUUCAACAUCUACGUGGAGGAUCCAGGGAGUCACGCGGCGGCUUCUCUUUACAACAACAUCGCUUCAGAUCGGAUGAAAGGUCUGCAGCCAUCGCCGCACUACAUCAACAGUGAGGAGGUGGCUCGGCUUCGGGAGAAGUCGGAGCAGAACCGGGCCAACAUGAACUCUGACAACUUCUUUCCAGAUAAGCUGCUUCACAUCUAUAACCAGUCGGUGGCCAUCAUUCAGGCCCCAGAGCUGUUCAGUGGUCAGGAGCAGAAGUCGGCCACUUUCCCCCGAAACGGAGUCGAGUACGAUGCUCACUCGGAGCCUGCAAGUAGAGACAGCUACACCCAGACUCUACCCAAACUCCCUCACCACCACUCCCAGGGUGGAGGCAGCCCACAACAGAGCAGCCAAGAUGAGCCGCAGCCUCUGGAGACCCCUCCUCAAGGCCAGGGUCCGAACGCCGGUCUGUGGGGGCGCUACAGUAACCUCCUGGAAUCCUCCGUGUCCGUGCCUGGGACACUGAACGAGGCAGCUGGUAUGGAGGCGUUCAGCGGGGGGCACGGUGUGCCCAGUGAGCUGCAGGGGAUCUCCGAGCGCACAUUGCUGGAGCUGACACGGGGCAAGUCGUCCUCGUCUCACUCCAGAGCCUGGUUCGUCUCGUUGGACGGGAAGCCGGCCGCACAGGUUCGCCACUCCAUCAUCGAGCUGCACAGCCGCCACCGCCCACCGAGCAGCAACGACACCAGCCUGGACUCAGGGGUGGACAUGAACGAGCCUCUGCACAACAUCCGCGAGACGGAGCGCGAGCGGCCUUCGUUCAGGGCCUCGUCCCUGCCGCACCACAGCCGAGCCGGGCGUUACGGCGAAGAACAGGACCUGAGCAGCAGUGAGAGUGGCACCACUGCUACCUGCACCCCCGAGGACCCCUACCUGAGGAACAUUUUAGACGGGAGCAGUGGGGCUAUUCCCAACAUUCCCGAGGAGAGGGACGGGAUGGACACGUCCAGCGCGCAGGAGGACAGCGAGUCCAGAGGGACGCCUCCUCCACGGCGCCUGAGGAAGGUGAGGGAGAGGGUGAAGGCGGAAAAGAGGAGUGCCAAGCACGUCCGCGAGGGGAGACCUGUCACCAAGCGAAGUUAG